AUGGCACUUUGUGACCAAAAGGGGCAGGGGGUCAUAAAUGUUCGAAAAAUAUGUGGCAUCAUUUAUGAACAGCCCCGAUGGAAUUUUCCUGCACAAGGGUUUCACAGUCAUGUGAAAGCAGAAGACAUAUGCACCUAUUCCUCACCAGAGAAUAUUUCGUCACAAAACUGUAACAAAAAUGAUCAGUUAGACAUGAAAAUGCAGGAUAUGAAGCCCUUUACCAAAUCUCCUACAAUUGAUAGACUGCAAGUCCAUCAGGAACCAAGAUUAAGCCCCCCAGAAGCUCACUUCAACAGCAAGAAAUUACUAUCGGCUGGAUCCCAGUUUCUUCCCAACUUAGUCAUGCAUCCAUCCGCCGUGCAUGCCUUUCCUCAACCGGUGUUCUCCAGAACUCAUCUGCCCUUGUCUCCCCUUCCGAUCCUCCCUCCUUACACCAUGGCAGGUUGUGUUCAACAAUUUAGCAACUACCCCUUUGUCUUUACUGAUGCUGCAGGGAUGGCAUGCAAGCCAUCACCAACAAGUGAGCAUCCACAAGAUAGGUCAUCUCCAAAGGCAACGAGUCGGUCCGUACACAGCAGAAGCAGCGACAGGAGUUGCACACCCCAAUCUAGUUCCAGCAACACAAGCACCACAAGCAAAUCUCGAACAACUAAAUCAAAAUUCGAUUUUUCGAAGCUGGCGGAAUCAGCCACUUCUAAGGACGAUCCACCACCAGCACAUAGUCAUCCGACAGAUCCAAAAGGACCUAGUUUUGAAUGUUCGACAAGCAGCUCGUCUAAAGCUUCUGUAGCCCUCAUAACAAGUCACACGUACCCUUUCAUAUCGCCCUACUACGCACUUGGUGCGAUGGGUCUGGCCACAGACUAUUUCGAGCGCAAGUUAGCGAGAGGUAGAGGUUCAUCGAGACCGAAAAAGGAGUUCAUCUGCAAGUAUUGCCAAAGGAGGUUUACUAAGUCUUAUAAUUUAUUGAUACACGAACGAACUCAUACAGAUGAACGACCCUAUACCUGUGACAUAUGCCACAAAGCUUUUCGGCGGCAAGAUCACUUGAGGGAUCACAGGUACAUCCACUCAAAGGAGAAACCCUUCAAGUGUUCUGAAUGCGGCAAAGGUUUCUGUCAGUCCCGAACACUAGCUGUCCACCGAAUCUUGCACAUGGAUGAUUCACCUCACAAGUGCCCCACCUGUGGACGCACUUUCAACCAGAGAUCCAACUUGAAGACCCACCUUCUGACGCACACUGACAUCAAACCCUACAACUGCGAUUCCUGUGGUAAAGUCUUCAGGAGGAACUGUGAUUUAAGGAGGCAUACGCUGACGCACACACUGGGCUUGCCAGAAGCACCGUGUGAGGAGGGAGCGUUGUCUCCUUCCAAUAGUUGUGAUCGUUUUUACCCGGUUGAAGAAGACGAAGACGAUGAUAGUCACUCUCAAGAAAUCGUUGACGUCGAAAAUUAAACACCAUCACAAUUUCUCGUACUUUGAACUUUUCUUUCUUUGCUGUAAAGCAUACCUCAGCACUCAACAGCCAGUAUUGAUUAAAAAUCGGCAUCCAUGUUAAUUCUACAUUUACUAAAAUUGCGUUCUUAAGUAUAGAAAAAUUUAAAGUGAAAGAUGUUUCGAAUUAGGUCCAAACAGUGCAAUAAUGGUUGGAU